UGGACGCUCACACAUCCUGACUUCCGGAGCUGAUUGAAAACACCGCCGCGCUCUCCACCAGCAGACCUUGCGCUUCAUGCUAACGAAAAUCGAGUGAUCCUAAAGUCGUCAGUGUGUCCUGCUCUGAGCCUUUACCGUGUUGGCUUAUUACCAUGUUAACAUUACACAUGAAUGGCGAGCUAACGGAGGACGAGGGGGAGAAUGAUGCUGAAAAUCUCUCGUCUCCACACCAGAUGGAAAACACUCAGGAGGAGGUGAUGAUAAUGAUGAAGAUGAAGGAAGAGGAAACCAACCUGAGCUGCUCUUCAUGUCUCACACCUUCCCAGAGUAGUGAUGAAGGCCUCGGUCAUGUGUUUUAUGAUGGGAUGAACAUCACAGAGUCAUCUUCAGAAGAGAAGAGCACAACAGAUCUGGACUCGGUGCUGCAGUGUCUCCAUCAUCUCCAUCAGUGUGUGUUGGAUGAGGAGAGUCAGCAGGACGUGGAGCUGCUCCUGGAUCUGCUGCUCCAGUCAAACUUCCAGCAGGCCUUCAUCAUGCAGCGCAGUGUAGCCCAGGGCAUGAGCCGCCUGUGCCCGCCGCCGUACCCGCUCACCGCACAUGCACAACAGCUCCGAGGACAGGUGGAAAGUGUCCUACAGUCCAGCAAACACACCGAAGCUACUGAACUAACAGGCCUGUUAACUUCACCACAUCUACAGGCCCUGAUGGAAGCUCAUGACUGUAUAGCCGAGCAGGAGCUGGAUGUCGACACUAUUGAAGCCGUGGACCAAGAUGAAAAGACCACCAAACUGGUUUCCCUGGAGAAAACUCGAGACAUUCCUCUGGGCGUGACGGUUCGUAACGAACAGGACUGCGUGGUCAUCAGCCGUGUGGUGAGCGGAGGAACUGCAGAGAAAAGCAACCUGCUCAGUGAAGGAGACGAAAUCCUGGAAAUCAACAACAUUCCCGUCCGCGGAAAAACUGUUAAUGAUGUUCACAACUUACUGUCCAGCAUGUACGGCUCCCUCACGUUUCUCCUCAUCCCCAACUCCCACAAUAAAUUAACUCCGGACAGACCGACUGUGAUGCACGUGAAGGCAAACUUCAGCUAUGACCCCUCUGAGGACCCGUAUGUGCCCUGUAAAGAGCUUGGCUUGUCCUUCCAGAGAGGAGACAUCCUUCAUGUGACCAGUCAAGAUGACCCAAACUGGUGGCAGGCGUACAGAGAAGGACACGAUGACCAAAAACCUCUGGCUGGCCUUAUUCCUGGGAAGAACUUUCAGCAGCACAGAGAAGCCAUGAAGAAAACAAUUACAGACAAAAAUGCAGAGUAUAAAGGAAAACUUUGGUGUGCGAUCAGAAGUAAAAAGCACCGGAAAAAGCUUUUGUAUAACCCUAAUAAGAACAUUGAGCACUACAGUGAGGAUAUUCUGACCUAUGAGGAGGUGUCACUGUACCGACAGCCGGCUGACCGCAAGCGUCCCGUGGCUCUGAUUGGUCCAGCAAACAGCGGACAAGACGACUUGAGACAGAGACUGCUGUCUCUAGAGCCUGAGCGAUUCGCCGGAGCCAUCCCACACACCACAAGAAGCCCACGUGUACAUGAGGUCAAUGGAAGGGAAUACAGAUUUGUGUCACGGCAGAGCUUUGAGUCUGAACUUUCCGCUGGGAAAUUCAUCGAGUCGGGCGAGUAUGAAAACAACCUGUACGGCACAAAUGCAGAUUCGGUUCGACAGGUGGUCAACUCUGGAAAAAUCUGCCUGCUGUGUUUGCAGCCCAGGUCGCUGCAAGUGCUCUGUUCCUCAGAUCUUAAACCAUACAUCAUCUUCAUCAGGCCUUCUCUUUCUCCUUCUCCUCCUCAUCUUUCUCCUCCUCCUCCUCAGGAGCGAUUCUCCACACUGCUGGCCAGAGGAGUAAAGAAACACAUGCCUGAGGAUGUGAGAGAGAUGAUGGAGAAGGCGCGUGAAAUGGAGGACAGUUACGGUCACCUGUUUGACGCCUUCGUCACGAAUAACGAGCCGGAAAAAAGCGUCUGUGAGCUGCUGAGAGUCAUCCAGAAGCUGGACACCGAGCCGCAGUGGAUCCCUUCAGCCUGGAAUCGCUAAAACAACACCGCAUUAUUGCAUUUUUAGUCCGUCUUCAAGCCGAGAAUGUUCUAUAAUGGCGACAGCUGUUUUUGGCGCCAAAAAGGUAUGUCUAAUAAGGUUACGGGCUACUCUGUAAACAAAUAUAUCUGUUAAUUAACAGUUUCCCUAUUUUGUGAUUCACAAGUGUUUUCUGUAUAUUUACGGUUGUGAAUUGCAUUAUGGGACCUUGAUUUCUGCUCUGUCAACUUUGUUUUGGUGUUCAAAAUUAAAGUGACUUUUUGUUGAUGUUUUAGUAGCUUGAAAUAGACUAAUAUCAUGUAUAAUAAAUAAUAAAUAGAGAAAUAAAUCUGUAAUAUAAGAGAAAAUGUAGUGGUAGUUCAUAACAGGGUUUGUGCAGGCAAUAUAUCACUUUAAACCAUUAAAAAUGUUAAGAAAUGUC